AUGAUUCCGUACUUCCAGCAUGGUGGCGUGCAAGUGCCGCUCGGGGAGCGCUUGCCGUCACUGCUCCCACCAUCAUCAUCCACGUCUUCUGUUGAUAUCCCUGCAUACCCUUCGAUAGACAUACCUACGUCUACGACCCCAAUCGCCGUACCAGACGCCGCGCUGGACGCUCCCUACAAACACGACUUACCUACUAUCGAUAUUUCCACAGACCAACCCUCGAAUGAACACACAUCCGGGCGUGUUCCCUCGUCUGUCGCUGACUCUGGUAGUUCGUCAAGCAAUUCAGACGAUCAGAUGAAGGGUAGGAAACCUGCAUUUGCUGCUGCUGGUACAUUCUUUGGUCUCUUUUCCUUUUCGCAGAUAUACCAGAAUGUGCUUUUUGACAAGAUAACUCCGUGGUCGGAGCGACUCGAAGAAAAGACAUGGGUUGCAUCGUCACAAUCAUGGAUAGACCGAAAAACAUGCGAUUGGUUUGGCGUAUGUGGAUUGGCACAUUUGAACAAGUCGCGGUGGACAAGCAAAGGCACGGAGCAAACACCGCUGGACGGUAAAGACGCAGGCAAGAUCGACUUGAGCAGCUUCAAGGAAGAUGCUCGGAUAUUGCCCGAUGACUACGACGAGGCGGAAGUGGUAGAAAUCCCGCAGUACAUCUUGGAUCAUGCACCAUUGAUCCAUCUCUACUCGGGUGAGAACUUCUGGCCAUGCGACAUGACCGACCACUUGAUCCACACCACGCCUCACCUCAACUACACACCACUCCAAGCCACCGAUAACCACCCGAACGUUAGAUCCAUGAACGAGCUGAACAGAUGGGGUCGAUUCGUGUACUUGCAGAGCGACGACAAUGUGGAGGACCGUCCGAAAUGGCUCGGUGGAAGCACCAACAUACCUGAAGUCCCGACUGACGGCGACGAGGGCGGCGACUGGGAAGACGAUGACCAAGAGGAUGAUCCCUCUGAAGGGGACAGAAACUACAAGAAGGAGGCGUGGUGGCAUGCGGGAGUCGGUGAUACCAAAGCCAGGGGAGGCAUUCGCCCAGACUUUACAUCGCCGGGACAGCUCGUACCGACCAGCACCCCGGAAGGUGACCAGCUUGUGGAGCCCGAAGAGGGGGUCUGGCGACCAGAACUCAUGAAAGACCGUCGCCGGUUCGAGGGGAAAAAGGUAGUAGGUGGCCGAAGUGAUGCGCCUGCAGUGCUCGUGGUAGUGCCCAAGGGUGACGGAGUAGUGGAUGCUUUCUGGUUCUUCUUCUACAGCUACAACCUUGGAAACACGGUUUUCAACGUACGCUUUGGAAACCACGUCGGCGAUUGGGAGCACACCACCGUGCGCUUCCACAACGGUGUCCCCAAGGCCGUGUUCUUCAGCGAGCAUGCGUUUGGUGAAGCGUACACAUGGGACGCCGUAGAGAAGAUGGGGAAGAGGCCGGUCGGAUUCUCAGCAACCGGCACCCAUGCCAUGUACGGCACAGCUGGUGUACAUCCCUACGUCCUUCCUGGCGGCAUUCUCCACGAUGUGACCGACCGCGGCCCGCUUUGGGAUCCUACCAUGAACAUGUACUCGUACACAUAUGACUACCAGCGCGACCACCUUGCGACAUCCAAUCUCACCCCCAGGGCUCCCAUUGGCUUCUUCUACUUUGCCGGCCACUGGGGCGACAAGUUCUACCCCCUCAGUGACCCAAGACAGUACCGCUUUCUUGGCCAGUACCACUACGUCAACGGGCCAUUGGGUCCGAGGUUCAAGAACCUGGGUCGCCAGCAGAUAUGUCAAGGGAAUGGAGACUGCCUACUGAAGGACACGCUUGAUGGCAAACGCCAGAGAAAGAUGAGGAGAUACCCUCGGGUUGGCGAGGGCGAGCAAAUGACUGAAGAUGAUGCGAGAAGGGUAUUUGGACCGGAGUACGAUUCUGCAUCUUAG